GUUGGCCCUGCGUGAAGCCACGCCCCCCGCGGUGGCCCCGGGGUUGGUUGCGCGGGCGCCGGGGAAGGAGACGCUGCCCUUCCGCAGCGAUGGGAUCCUGGGCCCUGGGUCUGUUCUUGGGCCAAAAUGCCAAAGACGCUGUGUUCUGCUCCUGGGCUCAGGGCGGGCAGAAGCUCUGUGGAAGGACCCUCUGGUAUGUGUGUCCCUGUCUUUCUGAGGCGUGGACGGUGCAUGGGACCCAGCCAGCGGCCAGUUGAAGACAUUUUCCUUGGAAGCUCUUGGACCAGAGGGUGCUGGUCCUGCCAUGGCAUUCCGGAGGACUGAGAGCAUGUCCAUGAUCCAGGCACUGGCCAUGACGGUGGCUGAGAUCCCUGUGUUCCUGUAUACAACGUUUGGGCAGUCUGCAUUCUCUCAGCUGCGAUUGACACCAGGCCUACGGAAGGUCCUUUUUGCCACUGCACUGGGGACAGUGGCCCUGGCCCUGGCUGCCCAUCAGCUGAAGAGGCGACGGCGGAGGAAGAAGCAGGUCGGCCCCGAGAUGGGAGGCGCACAUCUGGGCACGGUGCCCCUCCCCAUCCUCAUGGCCAGGAAGGUCCCAUCGGUGAAGAAAGGCUACUCCAGCCGAAGGAUGCAGAGCCCCAGUAGCAAAAGCAAUGACACUCUGAGUGGCAUCUCCUCCAUCGAGCCCAGCAAGCACUCGGGAUCUUGCCACAGCUUGGCUUCGAUGGUAGCAGUGAACUCAUCCAGCCCCAUGGCUGCGUGUUCAGGACCAUGGGACACCAGAGGGAUGGAAGAAUCUGUGACCGCCAGUGACGGCAACGCAGAGAGUCUCUACAUGCAAGGUAUGGAGCUGUUCGAGGAAGCGCUACAGAAGUGGGAGCAGGCGCUGAGCGUGGGGCAGAGAGGGGACAGCAGCCGCACCCCCACACCUGGGGACAGCCUACGGAACCCCGAGACUGCUUCGGAGGUACCAUCUGAGCCAGAGUCCCAGCGGAGGGAGUUUGCAGAGAAGCUGGAAUCCCUGCUACACCGGGCCUACCACCUGCAGGAGGAGUUUGGGUCCAUUCCGGCCGACAGCGUGUUGCUGGACCUCGAGAGGACCCUCAUGCUGCCCCUGACCGAGGGCUCCCUACAUCUACGGGUGGACGAUGAGGACAGCCUGACCUCCGAGGGUUCCUUCUUCUCUGCCACCGAGCUCUUUGAGUCCCUGCAGGUUGGAGAUGACCCCAUCCUACUCUCCAGGCCAGCCGCUGCUUAUGAGGAGGCCCUCCAGCUGGUGAAGGAGGGGAAAGUGCCCUGCCGGACCCUCAGGACUGAGCUGCUGGGCUGCUACAGUGACCAGGACUUUCUGGCCAAGCUGCAUUGUGUGCGGCAAGCCUUCGAGGGUCUUCUGGAAGACAAGAACAACCAACUUUUCUUUGGGGAUGUCGGCCGGCAGAUGGUGACAGGCCUGAUGACCAAGGCUGAGAAGAGCCCCAAAGGCUUCCUGGAGAGUUACGAGGAGAUGAUGGGCUAUGCCCUGCGGCCUGAGACCUGGGCCACCACUCGGCUGGAAUUGGAGGGCCGUGGGGUGGUGUGCAUGAGCUUCUUUGAUAUUGUGCUGGACUUCAUACUCAUGGACGCCUUCGAGGACUUGGAGAACCCCCCGUCCUCAGUGCUCGCUGUCCUGAGGAACCGCUGGCUGUCAGACAGCUUCAAGGAGACGGCCCUGGCCACUGCUUGCUGGUCAGUCUUGAAAGCCAAGAGGAGACUGCUGAUGGUGCCCGAUGGCUUCAUCUCCCAUUUCUACUCCGUAUCGGAGCACGUUAGCCCUGUCCUAGCCUUUGGCUUCCUUGGACCCAAGCCCCAGCUCUCUGAAGUCUGUGCUUUCUUCAAGCACCAGAUCGUGCAGUACCUGAGGGACAUGUUUGACCUGGACAACGUGCGCUAUACCUCCGUGCCGGCACUGGCGGACGACAUCCUGCAGCUGUCCCGGCGCCGCAGCGAAAUCCUGCUUGGCUACUUGGGGGUGCCAGCGGCCAACAGCAUGGGCCUGAACGGGGUGCUGCCCCGAGAGAACGGGCCUCUGGAGGAGCUGCAGUAGCGGUGGGUGCAGGCUCAGGGAGGGGUGCUGCCUGGGCCUCGUCUACGUGGAUAAUGGCCAUAAGAAGGCCGCCUCCUCCCCUCCUUUGGGUUGGCUUGGAAGGGCUCGGGGAUCUGUGGCCAUCGGCAGUGGCAGAGCCUGGGCCUUUGUGGCCAAGCGUGGUUGCCCCUGACCUUGUCCCUCCUCACCAUUUCGGAAUCCCCACAGACUGCCUUGGAGAGGGUUGGAGGCCCUGGGAGCCCGCCUGACUGUCCUCUACUAUCCCCAGGGGAAGCAGCGGUCAGACCAGUGACCUGUGGGGCCAGAGGGAGAGGAAGGUGGUGGGAGAGGGGAUGGUAUUGUGAGGAGAGGUGGACAGGCAGAGCCGGGAAGCCCUGAAUCUGGGACCCCAACACCCCAGGGCUGCUGACAACAGGGGCGGGGACGGGAGACGAGACAGAGAAGCUGGGGGAGGCCGGGCUCUGUGGUAAAGGCCACAGGUGGCCUGAGCUAGAAGGAAAACCCAGGCUAGACGGUCCCUGGCUACCACCACCCUAGAGAGCUUGCAGCUCCAGUAAGGGAGGGUGGGGUCACAGAGUACCUGGGGAGCACCUCGGUGGAGUGGCAGGCCUGGACUAUCCAAGGGUGGAAUAGAAGUGGGUCUGCUUUCUGUGUGCUCACAUCUGGGCAGGGUCUGGGCCCUUGGCAGACCCAAGCAUGAAACCAGAAUUCCUCUGACAUCCCCUCGUCCUGCCAGAGUCUGUCAUUUCUCUUUCCCCUUUGCCACCAAAGAUGGAGGAGGAGGGGCUGGUCCUCCCAUCCCACCCACCUGCCUCUGUGAGCCUGGAACCCCCUGGGUGGUGCUAGGGCUGAGCUGGAGGCUCCGACCAGGGCUCAUCUCAGGCUGGUCGCCUUGUGCUGUCGGUGGCGGGCCCAGGGACCACAUCGGGGAGGUCAGAGGACCCACAGGGUUGGACCGAAUCCCCUGCCCUCAUUAGGACAAGAACAUUUGCCGGGCUCUUUGCCUUUGGCUCAACGCACAAAUGCUCUAGCUGUGUAGCAGCUGGUCCUACAGUCGUCCCCACAUUGUCCCCACAUCUGGAGGGUGCCGUCAGCCCUGCAGACUCACUUCUUUCACAGUGUUUUCACUGGAGGUGGGAUGUUUUAUUUAUUGCCUUAACACUUUAUUUCGAGGUUUGGCUCCUUUUAGGCCAAGAAGCCUCCCAGAGAAACUGAGUCCUCCUUGGUCUCCGUACUUCAGAUGACUGGCUCCUCAGACCAGGGCCCUUCUCCCCUGAAUGGCUAAGGGAUCCCAGGAGAGAGAGAGAAGCAGCAGAGAAGGGUGGUGUGGGCCUGGCCCACCAGCUCUGAUCCCACCCCCCUGCCUGCAUGCUCCCACCUACUCCCCAGACUGGAGGACCCUGUGUCCUCCACACUCUCUGACCUUGGUGCCCAGGAAGGAGCAGCCUUCUGGGUGGGAAGGCCCGGGGUGGCCCUCCUUCCCUUUAGCCCCACAUUCCAUUCAUUUGCACUUACCCUACGCUGUGAAUGUCAUCUUGGGCCUGGGCCCCCAGCCACUCUGAUUUGCUCCUGAAUCGCUCAGAGUGGCAUUUUCAUUUUGUCUUUGUUUACACGUCCAUGCACUGCCUCAGGCACUUGGAUUUGUUGCAGCUUCCACCUUUUUUGGUAGAGUGUGUGUGCGUCAACUUCCAAAUAAAUGAUUUAAACAUUGUCCUUCCA